AUGUCCCGGCAAGAAACCGAUGCCGAAUGCUUGUCUGCUCAGAGAGCCUUGGAACAGGAAAAGAGCGGCGUGGAAGAAGAAGCACCUCAGGAUCCAAAUAUUGUUGACUUUGAUGGCCCCAAUGACCCAGAGAACCCGCUUAACUGGUCGACGACCAGGAAAACAACCAUCGUCAUUGUGUCUCUCACCGCAUUGCUCUCGGUGCCAGAGCUGAUGCAAUUUGCUCUCUAUCCUAGGCCUAUCGGUUCCACCAUCAGCGCAGGUGCAGCAGCUAACAUCAUGCAGCAUUUUGGCACGACAGAUGAGGCGCUAGGGGCGCUCAUGACAACCAUCUAUCUUCUCGGAUUCGCGUUCGGCCCUAUCCUUAUCGCGCCUCUGUCAGAGCUGUACGGGCGUGCAAUCAUGUUCCGAACUUGUACUUUUCUGUUCACUGUUUUCAAUGUCGCCUGCGCGGCAGCGAAUAGCUUCAGCUCCCUGGUAGCGUACCGUCUGCUGGCCGGCAUUGCUGGGUCAUGUGCGGGCACGCUGGGCGCCAGCUCUAUCGCGGACAUGAUCGUGCGUGAAAAGCGCGGGACUGCGAUGUCUGCGUACGUUAUGGGCCCGGUCUUUGGACCGACCAUCGGGCCCAUUAUCGGUGGUUAUUUGACGCCGGCGGCAGGCUGGCGAUGGAAUUUUUGGCUUAUAGCCAUUGCGUCGGGUGUCAUGACCGUCCUCGUCAUCCUUUUCUUAAACGAGUCUUAUCCGUACGCGAUCCUAAAGAAAAAGACGGCAAAAUUGCGCAAAAGCACAGGGAAUCAGAACCUGCGGUCGGCCCUGGAUACAAACAAGACCCCCAGACAGCUGUUCAAAUUCGCCAUACUGCGCCCACUCAAGAUGCUGAUAUCUCCCAUCGUAUUCUUGAUGUCGAUCCAUGCCGCCACCGUGUUCAGCUAUGCCUACCUCUGCUUCACCACUUUCCCUCGUAUCUUCAAGGACCAAUACGGCUUCCAUAGCGGAGCCUCCGGGCUGACAUCCAUCGGGCUUGGCUGGAAGAACGGAGGCGUGGUUAAGUCUGAGUAUCGACUGCCCAUAUUGGUUGUCGGUGCCGUUUUUGUGCCUAUUGGUCUUUUCUGGUACGGAUGGACAGCUGAGUACAAGGUCCAUUGGUUUGUGCCUAUAAUCGGGACCACCUUCACAGGCAUCGGCAUUGUGAUUGCAUACACGACCAUCGCUACGUAUCUUGUAGACGCAUAUACGGUCUAUUCCGCCUCGGUGAUAGCUGCAAGUGCCAUCCUUCGCUGUCUUCUCGGAGCUCUGCUGCCCCUGGCUGGUGGCGCCAUAUUUGACGCCCUAGGAGUAGGCUGGGGCAAUUCGGUCCUUGGGUUUAUUUCUCUUGCAUUUCUUCCUUUGCCAUUUAUUCUCUACAUGUAUGGCGAGAGAAUCCGCGAAUCACGACUCUUCAAGAUGGAGCUUUGA